GAUUUUCAUCCAUCUCUUUAUUUGUUUCUUGAACGACUUGAUGAAAUAUAUCCUAAUGUUUCUCAUAUUAAAGUUUAUACAGAAUGUUAUAGAGAUGCUGAUCAGUCUGACUUGGCAGUGUCAUUAAGAAUACCAUUCGAAAUAGGUCAACGUAAAGUGAUCGAUAUUCAACUUCAAAAUGUAACAAGACUUGAUUUGGGAUUUUGUCAAAAUCCUAUGAUUAGUAUGUCUCAAUUUUUUACUUCGAUCAAUUUUAUCGAAUACUCAAAUAUUAAGUAUUUGGCAUAUACUUAUUCAAAAUAUGAUUAUGAAAGCCAUAUAGAUGAGUUUUAAUA